AUGGCCACGAGCGAUGCCGGCGACGAGGUGGCGGCUCAGCCCAACAAGCAGCGACUCACCUUUGUCAACUUGCCCACCGAAACCCAGCGGGCAAUCAUCUCACACUGCUCUCAGAGCGACCUGAUAUGUCUUGCUCUCGUCUCCCGCCAUUUCCACGAACUCGCCUCGGCCCAGCUCUACAGGAACUUUCACAUCAUCUUCCCCGACGAUGACGACCUCAAUUUCGACUCUCCCAUCGACGGUCUUGCUGGCGGUCUUGAUACUUUCACUACAAGUAAUUAUGAUUAUGCUAAGCAUCUGAGGGAUCUAUCCAUGGACACUCUCAGCGCUGGUCUUAAGGGAGAGUGCUGUUACCAAUCCUACCUGUAUAGUGCCAGUUGCGGCAAGUUUUUAAACACGCUCCUGCAUCUUACACUCAGAAAAGCCAGAUCGCUAGAGGUUUUCCGAUGGAACAUUCGUGUGGAACUCAGCAGACCUGUCUACCGUGAACUGCAUAGAAUCGCAUCGCUCAAAAAGCUUCAUGUACGGAUGCAGGCGGGAGACUCGUACUACGUGCAGCCGCCACCGCUGCCCGUCUCCAUCGAUCCUCACCCCCAGCCAGAAUCGACAAACCAUUGGGGAGGCAUUCCGCCGCUUGCUCCUCUGAGCUUGUUGCCUCCUCCGCCUCCGGGGGUUGUGCCACCUGUUGUCAGCGGUCCCCCGCCUUCUCUCCUGCCGCCGUCGUCCAAGUCAGCGCCUAAGAACAAGACUGGGAAGCGCGUGACUGGUGCAAAGGAGCCUUCUACGUUUUCGGGUUUCAAGAACCUACAGAGCCUCAGUGUUCUAGAUAUUGAAAACCUUGACAUCGUGAGCGAGCUCAAUGCCUGCAUUAAGAACUCUAGCUCAACGCUUACCGAGCUGCAACUAUCCUUUUCAGAUGGGUUGGCAAGCCGGGCGCGUAAGCCGCCGCCUGAUUCCGACGCAGACGAUUCCGAUGUCGAAGACGAGUUCCAGGUUCUCCCGGCUACUCAGAACAACAAUGGUGGCAGCUUCGACUCCAAGUCAUAUAGGGUAUACGAGGAGCGAAGACUUCAAGAAGCCGUCCUUGGCAAAAUAUUCCAGCUGUUUUCACCGCCACCUGGAGCGCCGCGUAAAGCUGAUGUCGUCGAAUCUGAGCAGGAAGAUGAUAGGAAGGGGCCGGAGGCUUCAACAACAGACGUUCGAGAAGCAUUCAUUGAAUCCAUAAAGAAUGCAUCUACCAAACUCAUGACGAUUACCAGUGGAUCUUCCACUUUCUCUGCCACCGCGCAAGAUAUGCUUGAUACCAUAGCCAAGGCAGCGCGGAAUUAUGUAGAUUCUGUUGAAACACCAGCACUGACUGGAUGGCAGCCAACCCCCCAAAAUCAGGAGGCUGCAAGCACCACCAACAACGGUGUAUCCCAGGGCGCGUCUUCAACCACAGCGGACGAAACAACUGCUACGUCUCCUCCGAUCAAGGAAGUUGCAGAGGAGCCCAUUGACAAGGCUAAUGAGACGAGCAUUCCCAGCGAGAGCUCAUCUAGCAAGGCACCUAAGAAGAACCGCACCGACGCUUCUCCCGAAGAUAUCGACAUUGCCCAUAUAGAAGUUCUCGAAGAUGGUUUUGAAGAAACCCUGGACUCCAAUCUGCCGGAUGGUGCCGAUUCCAAGCCUGUCGAAGGGGACACCUCUGAAGCGGAACCUGGUCAGACUGGUUCUUCCUCUGGCUCUGCUACUCCUACGGCAGCGGCUGAUGCCGCCGCAGCCCCCUCCAAGACGACUGACAACGCCACUCAAUCCUUUGCACACAAGGUCAACCUGGAGAGCCUGAUGACCAAACUUGACUCGUUCCGGAACCAGAGCGAAGCCAUAGGGAAGAAAAUCAACGACCUACAUGCUCAAGGCUCGGCCAUGGAUCAUACGCAGAUUAAAGACGCCGACGCCCAACUCAGGGGCUUCAGUGCUAUGAUCACUGACCUCCAGAACGAAAUCCAGGUUAUCGAGGAGGAGAUGGAUGAGUCUGAGCGCAGGGCAGCGGGCGUCAAUACCACCAGCAUGAGCGACUAUGUCCGCCGCACAAGAGGCCUGAUGCUCACAUCUCUGAGCAUCUAUCUUAUCCCCGUCAAGGCAUCUGUCCUGUCGCAGACAAUCAACCUAUCAUGCCUUAGGCAGCUGACCCUUCUCAACGUUGGCGACCAGGCGCCCAUCUGGUCAUUGUUCACCAAGGCAAACAAGGUGAGGCCGCUGCCGUUGAGGAGCAUUUUCACCGACCACGUGUGCAAUCAAUUCCUCGUUUUUGCCUCUCAGCUCGAGGAGAUACACGACCUCUUCCUGCUCGAGCGCAGCCCUAAGAGCAAGCCCGAGACCCUUUCAAUGCCGAGCUUUGCAAACAUGGAUCAGAUUCGUAGGCUUGUGCUCAAAAAGCAUAUUGGCAAGCUUAGGCGAUUGAUGAUCAAGGAUGAAGCCAGCGGCACUCGCUGGGACUGUAACGAGAAGACGAUGAUUCUCAUUUGCACCCAGGGGCGGAAACUCGAGGAACUGGCACUGAGCAUGAAUAUCCAGGCUGUGCAUAUUUUCAUGCAGUACUUUUCAGGUCUCGUUAGCCUGCGCGCAAUCAACAUCCUGCACUUCCGCAACAACGACACUUGCAUCUGGGUUGUUCGAGAAAUCCUGAGGUUCAUUGUAGACAAUCUGUCGCACUAUCCAGAGCUCAAGCUGGAGUGGAUCGCUAUGGAAGACGAUCGCGUCGACCGAGUCAUCCGGCCGUCGGAAGGGGCCAACGACGCCCCGGGUGAGCGAAACAACAACAAGCGGGCCAAGGGCAAGAGCAAGGACAAGUUCCCGGUCGCGACGAGCCUGGGCCCCCACAACAACAUGUUUCCGCCCCUCCCGCUGGACGGCCUCGACUCGGAGAGCGACAGCGAUGACGAGUUUAACGGAGGGUCACGCCUGCGAUUCAAGACGGUGGGACCGCUGCAAUUUUACGAUGUGUGGGGGGUCAAGAUCUUUGACAAGGAGAUUCGCAGUGGGAGACUAUGA